AUGCAUGAGGGUCAAGAAGAAAUAAUAACCCUCACUAAACAUAAAACUGAAAGUGAACAAAAAUUAGAACGACUUUUCAAAGGACUAAGAAAGAAACAAGAAAAGCCUACAAUUCUUCCUAGCCACACAGUCCAAUUACUUCAACUCUCACUACCCAUCUUCAAUGGUGACCCUAAACAAUGGCGGCAAUUCUGGAGCAGCUUCGAGACUGCUGUUCAUUUACAACCAAUUCCCGACAUACAGAAAUUGAAUUAUUUAUAUUCGUGUCUUAGAGAAGAAGCGUUACAAGCAGUAUCGGGUUACGAAAUUGCGCCUGAGAAUUAUUCGAUC